CGACUCAGAUGGCAAGUGAAGCCUUAAAUUGACAACAACUCUAAAACAGAGAAAAAUCGGAAAAAAAAAAAAAAAAAAAAAAUCAAAACGAUACCUAAUAAUAAUAUUAAUCUUUCUGUGUUGUUUGGUUUCGAUUUCUUUCCUACUAUAUCUUCCAUUCAGGAAUAAGCCAGUUCCCUUUUUUAAAUCAAGAUCCGACGCAAUUAAACAGGCAUUAAGAAAAGAUGGAUUCACAUGAUGAGAUAGGAUGCCGAGCUCCAGAAGGUCCCAUUCUUUGUAUUAACAAUUGUGGCUUCUUUGGAAGUGCUGCUACCCUGAAUAUGUGCUCCAAAUGCCACAAGGCCAUGAUCCUGAAGCAGGAACAGGCCCAAUUGGCAGCAUCAUCUAUUGGAAGCAUUGUGAAAGGCAGCCCCAGUGAGACUGAAAAGGAUCCCGUUGUUGCUGGUAAUGUGGAUGUACAAGCUGGAGCUGUGGAAACUGGUAUCUUCUCAACAAAAUCAUCCAGUGUUUCAUUCUUUGGCCUGAAUAUGGUGAAGCCAAAGGAGGGUCCUAACAGGUGUACUUCUUGUAGGAAGCGGGUUGGUUUAACAGGGUUCAAUUGCAGGUGUGGGAAUCUUUUCUGUGCUGUUCACCGAUACUCCGACAAGCAUGAAUGCCCUUUUGAUUAUCGAACUCCUGCAAGGGAAGCUAUUGCCAAAGCCAAUCCAGUUGUCAAGACAGAGAAGCUUAAUAAGAUAUAGGAGUUAUGAUCCAAAGUGAAGGUCCAUGCAAUGAAUUAAAAUGCUUCUCUUUAUAUGCAUGCAUCUCCAUAUAAGUUGGCUGGUUAUCUUUUUAGGUGUCCUUUGUUGGUAUAAACUGUUUAGAUAAUGAUUUUUAGGACAUCAUUGCAGUUAUAUCCCCUUGUUAAUCGGCAAAGUCUUCCGUUGUUGGCUCCAGCGUGUAAGUCUCAGAUUUGUGCUGGUUUAAAGGACAUAUUUGUGGUUACUUUGUAGUAGUGAUUUCUGACUGGUAUCUUGGCAUGCAUUACUUUUAGUGGUAAUGAUAUAUUGGUAUUUGCAGCAA